GCAGUUGACAAUCCCUUUCAGACCUUCGUUUGAGACUGCUUACGACCAGCCCACUGGUGCCUUCUUUGUCAAAACCCGAGCCACCCCGAGUCCUCUCCUCCAAGACCCCUCACAACGCGACCCCCGGACGUGUCUAAACCGACGGCUCAGUCGCAGACCCGUAGCCAUGGCGACCCAAGCAGCGCUGAUUGCCGAUACAAUCGUUGGCAUGAAGCGGGCACUACGCAGAGAGCGUGAGGAUUCGGGCCCGGACGACGCCAUCACUCAGCCGACGAAUCGCGGUAAUAAAAUGAGGGCAAACGCGAAAUAUGUCCGUGAAGGGGCAUUGGGAUACAUCAAUGCUGAGGAAUUCUACAAAGAGGUGCGUGGUUCUCUUUCGGACAAAAGAGCGGCGGGCGGCUGUUGGCUCCGCUGCGCCUAUUUGGAAGGCGUGCAGACUAACGCCGAGGAUCUUGACUGCAUACAGAAAAUCGAGCACGCUGGUUACACACGUCAUAUCUUGCAGCGGAACCCGAUUCGCUACGACUCCGAGGGCGAGGAACUCGACGAAGAGGAUGAAGAUUCUGAGGCCGAUGUUGCGGCUGCAGAAGAGAAUCCGUUCUCGGGAAUCGCGUUAGAGACGCUGCUAUGCCCUCUCAAACACCCCUCCGAACUACCCGUUCAUCCUUCGUUGUCUCAUCCAUACACAUCACAGGCCCUUGAGCAAAUGACACAAGCUGUCGAGGAAAAAUUACGGCAGGAAAAAGCUCUUCUCUGGCGGGCAAGGAAUUUGCAUCGUAAAUUCCUUGGCGAUGGUAGUUGGAUGCCCUGCGGUCUUGUGGAAAUGCCUGACGAUCGUUACAUUUUCCAGCCUUGGCUCGUGGAUGACAAUAAAGCCGCGUCUGCAGGGCAGCAAAGGCAAAGUGUGCUCGGGACGUCGUCUGCCGGUGGUGAUCUGAAUGGGGCACAAGAGGUGCUUUCCACGGCAGUUCCAAUAGAGGGCCAGGUUGGAGAGGGUGAUGUCGAGAUGGCUGAAGUCCCUACAGCGGGAAACAUUGAACCUCAGGAACCAGUCACAGAAUUCAAGUCGGAAGAGACCGACGCCAUGGUCAAGGACCUUCCCCAGCACCCUGCCGAAGAGCCAGACCAAGGAAGCGAGAAAAAUACUACGAUUGUACGGAAUGGGGUUGCUGAAACGCAGGAGAUGAUCACUACCAAGGAUGGAGCCCAGACAAACGGAGAGCAUCCACAGCACAACGAGGACAACGAAGACGAGAACGAACAAGAUACCGAAAUGCAUGACGGAUCCUCGCCGGAACCGCCUCGCAGGAUGACGACCCGAGCUCAAGCCAACGCGAACAACGAUGGCAACCAGUCUCCGCUGUCUGCCGAUCACUCCAGCUUCCUCCAAACCCCCCAUCCUCUCUUCGUCAUUCCAGAGAACGUCCGUCCGGACGCGAACUUCGGCCUUCCCCCUGGCGAAGCAGAGGAGACCCGUCGCCUGUUGUGGUCAUAUAUUCAGAAGCAGGAAGAAACCGUGCGGGGCUUCGAGCACAUGCUCGAAUCCCUAUUUCGAGCCUCUCACAUGAAGGCUGACGUGCUGGAAUGGUGCAAGGCUGAGGGUCACGUCGGGGAGAUGAGUGACGGCGAGGACUGGUACGACCGAGAGAAGUGGGGUCUUGCCGAGGGCGAAGAUCUGAAGAAGGGUACCGACGAAGAUGAAGUCGAGACUGUCGAUGAGAGUCGAACGACGGCGAAGAGGGGCCGUGGCCGGCGACAGUGAUGGACUCCAGGGAUGCUGUAUCUGUCGAGUCUUAACACUCCAGAUCUGGAUCUGAUUUUUUGGAUCUACGCCGGCCUGGCCAUCUUAUAUCUUUUAUGUUUGGUUUUCAUUUCCUCGCCGUACCCUUUUUACUUCCUCAUAGCGUGGUGUUGGUGGUGUUCAGUCCUUGCGUGGGUACUCAUCUCCCCCCAUAUACCACAUACUUUUUACCCUCGGCGACUUUGCCUUGGACCAUGCGGUGUCAAUAUACCCUCUGGAGAAUGAAAAUAGUGUUUUAUUUCCUUCGUUCUAGCGCUUGCAAUAUACAGAUCUAUGUGC